AUGCGUCCUCCACCGCUGUUAGCUGUACUUCUGCUCACAAGCGAAGUGAAAGCCCACUUACACAACGAGGUUAGCUUCGAGAUAAAAGUCCGAGAUGCAAGAGAGCAGAGGCGACAAAGAUGGACCCGGUACAGCAUCAGCGCCGCAAAGAACAGGAGAUCGAGAGGGAGACGUCAAGAUGUACCCGUUGAUGCUGCUAUGCUUUCGAAUAUUGUAGGCUCGAUAGCCGACGGCACUGUUGUCGGACCUCUCAAUCUGCCAGUUGGCGGGAAUGAGCCUCCUGUCGUGGAUAUACAGCAAGGACCACCAGAGAUCGAAAUACCAGCAGUCGUUGGUGCAGGUACAAUCGGAGAUCUGCAAGCAGAAGAGCCGGAAGCAGAAUUACCACUGGCGGAGCAACCUGAAGAGGUCUCACCAGAAGAGGAGCUACCAGAAGAGGAGCUACCAGAAGUGGGUGACGACGGACCAGAUGGCGGCCUCAUCGGCGACCUUAACGAUGGCAUUCUCUCGCCUGAAGGGCAGAACAUUGCAGAUAUUUUGUUGGGGAACGGAAAGACGACUGAAGAGAACUUCGAAAUUGGUACUCGACCAGGCUUUGACGACCAUACAGACUGUGACGGGAAGGAUCCAUGCUGUAGAUGGUACUACAUUUCUAAAGACCUUACUGCAGUCUUUCAUAACGCCGACGGAACAUGUAACAGCCUAGCAAGACAAUCGAUCCGAAUGGGCUUCCAUGACGCUGGAACUUGGUCAGCCAAAUUGGCCGCAUCUGGAAAGAAUAAUGGGGGCGCGGAUGGCAGUCUAGUGCUUUUCGGAGAAUUGAGUCGACCUGAAAAUUUCGGUAUGGAAGGUGCAGUCGACCUGGCAAGUCGGCUGUAUCACACAUACAAUGUCACAAUGGCCGAUUUGAUUCAGUACAUGGCAAAUCACGCCGUUGUGUCUUGUCCAUUGGGGCCCCGCGUCCGGACUUACGUCGGUCGCAAGGACGCGACUGAGGCAGCUCCAGAAGGUCUCUUACCAAGUGUCCAUGCACCCGCGGACGAGCUGAUUGCUCUAUUUGCAGACAAAACAAUCUCUGCACACGAAUUGACAGCACUUAUGGGUGCUCAUUCUACCUCCACUCAAAGUAAUGUCGAUGCUUCAAAAGCUGGGUAUCCGCAAGACACCACCCCUGGCGUAUGGGAUGUCAAUUACUACAAUGAAACGCUCGAUGCAACAGAGAACGGGUGCAUCUUCAAGCUCGAAUCAGAUGUCAAGCUUUCGAAACACCCAGCAAUGGCGGUCGAGUGGCAAAAAUUCGUCGGCGGCCAGGCACACUGGAAUGCUGAUUAUGCGAAAGCUUAUCUUCGGUUGUCGCUCCUGGGCGUCAAUAACAUCAACGAACUGAAAGAGUGUACGUUGACUUUGCCAGCACAACAAGCAACAGCCCCAAAAGAUUCAGACUUAAAUGUCAGCGGAAAGUGCACGGCGUCAUCUUCGAGUUCACUCAUCAGCUCUUCCACAAUUACCAUCCCCAACACAACGAACAACCCACUGUCUAUAACAGAGAUUCUUAAUCUGAACACGACAGGUAUCGAAACACUCCCAUCAAGUGCAAAAGGCUUCUCAACCCUCAGUGAGCCGCUACCUCUAGCACCAGAGACCUCGUCUGUGCUCUUGCCAGGCUCUACAAUGUCUCUAGAGGAAGCUGUACCCAGUUCUGACAUUGCUACGCCGGAAACGACAAGCCUUCUGUUGGUUUCAGAAAGUCUUGCGUCUUCUGUCGUGACAACCACAGUUGAUGGAGCUUUGGAGACAUCUUUGAUGAGCAACUCACCCAUUUCCGUUACGCUGGCAAGCACUGGCGACGCAGUCAGUACCACUAAAGAAAUGCCGAUAUCGGUAUCUGAAGCUUUGGCAUCGAUAUACCUUGGUGUUACUGAGUCGCAACAACAAGCAGAUGGCCUGUCUACAAUUUUAACCUACUCUUCAAGCUUAGGGGCCCCUCAAACCAUUACGUCUCUGCCGAUUGAAACAAGUACUAUGGUGUCACCAUCUGGCUUACCAGAAACAACGACGGAGAGUGACGACUCCACUCCAACAUCAUCAGAGUUAGUGACAUUGUCUUCUUCGGGUUCGGCGAUUGAACCCAGCAGUGCUGCCACUAGCCACUCAUCGACCGAAGUGGCGGAAACCAGUACUGCUGUUUCGAGCGCAUCGAUCAACGAGUCAACGCUCUUCAACACCAUUCAAGAUAUUACGAUUUCAUCUCCUACAACAACACAAGCUAGCAGUGGCAGCUUGGUAUCGAAUCAAAUCACAAACAGUGUGUCCAACCAAGACCUCUCUACAUGUUCGGUUCCAAGCUCAGCAGCUUCUGUUCCUAUGGGCGAGCCUACUGGUACUUUCACAGACGAGCUAUCCACGCCUGCAAAUGAUGCGCCGUCGGUUCAGGCACCGCAACCGAGUAACGACAGCAUCUCAUCACCGAGCGACACUUCUGCAUAUAAAUCAACGUCAUAUGAGGCGGCGAUGCCUACCGAGACCCCGAUAUCUACUCAAUUGUUACAAGUUGGUGCCAUCAGGUCCUCUUCUGCUCAUGAGGACUUUGUUUCCACAACUUCUUUUUCAUCUAUCUUCCCGACUGCUUCGACUCCGCGCAGCCAGAUGAGCAGCAGUGCAUCAUCAUCACAACCCACAAUGCUUGCUCGCUUGAGCAGCAGCAUGACAAUCACAUAUAUCCCUAUGAGCACAAAUUCUCUGCUUAAGACCAUUCAGAGCCCAGAUCUCAAUCCUUUGUCGGCAUUACAAUCACUACCUCACUCGACGACACCUUCUAGACCCUCUUCCACUACUACUCUUAGCUCGAAGACAGGAUCUAGUGGGGCUGAUACUAGGAGCAUGGCCUCAACAUCAAAGUCCUUAAGUCUGUUGACAAAGUCUCGACAGUUUACUAUGACAACAUUGACUAGGCCUACCAGCACUUCCAGAAGACUCUCCAGCUCUGGCAUUACAGGAAAGAUGUCUGCUACUACGGGCGAAAGAUCAAGCUCGGUUGCAAAGACACUCACGAUCUCGAAGACCACAAGGAGAAGUUCGAGCACGCAGCGUCCAGCAUCUGUCUCUCAUCCUACAGGCUCCAUGGCAACCAAGACCAGAGGAAAGGUCACGAGAGCAAGCAUUUCUACUAGCAAGGCGGUGACGGCACAAACCGCACUCGAUAGAGCUACCAUGAGAAGCAGCGCCUCUGUGACGAGACUGUUCACCUUGCAACAGUUCAGCAAACCGCCAAAGGCUUCGUCUACCAAUAUCUGUUCGACUACAAAGCCUAUACCAGCUAGCAAGAGUGCAUCAACUCGUAAGACUUCAUCUUCGUCUUCUCGUGCCUUGACUACUUCUACGCCCCAUACUUUAUCUACAAAGACAAAGUGCAGUAGUACAGAGUCGGCUGCGAUCAGGGAGGCUGGCAGACCUUUGAGCAAGUUAUUCGACACCAAAGCAAGUAGCCGCCCAACGAGCAACACUGUACCGAGGCCAAUGCCAGCUUCCUCAAGCGGAAGCUCCGAGAGUAUAAAGGCAGAUUCUAGGCCGGCGACGUCCCUUGCCAGGUCUAGUGCGCCCGCCUCCAAGUCAAGUACUCUGAACGCAAUCUCAAAGCCGAACAGUUCCAGGCCUUCGACAAGCGUGCCGUCCUCAUCUACAGCGGCGUCACGCUCAAGUACACGUGCGACAACAUCUCAGAGUACGGCAACGCCAAAAUCGUCAGCAUCAGCACUAGGUCCGUCUUCUUCAUACUCCACGGGGAAAUCUGCACACACCUCAAGUUCCUCAAAGUACGCGGGUGCUGCUGUCUCCAGCACUCCUAUAUCUGCUUCAACCUCAAAAUCCUCGUCUUCUCCGACAUCUAGUAGCACAGCAUGCAGCAAGAUGAGUGUACCAGUCUCUGUUGUGUGUUUUAAGAUACCUCCUUCUUUGGGACUUGUAGCAUAUCCAGCAUUGGCUUAA